AUGGCACACUUGACACUCGGGCGCAACAACAAGGUUGUCAUUGAUCUGCCAGUCUCUGCAAGGCGAGACUGGCAGAAAGGUUACCUCCUCUGUGCGGCAUUUCAAAGUCAGGUCAGCAUCUUCAAGAAUACCACAGCGAAGCAGGCCGAGCUGGUCUUGAUGCAGACAGUGGCAACCUCAACCUCCACCACUGCCACCAUGACUGCUCCCACCACCACAACUGCCACCGCAACCUCAAUGGAAUGCACACCUGUCUCAGGUGAGAGAGAAGGCGCCAAUCAGGAGCAGGAGACCCAGCAGGAGGCACCACCUAUUGAAAAGUCGGGUCUGGUGGGACGCAAGAAAUGUACCCCGUGCAUAAGUGCUGAGAAGCUACUCAACCCUGUAUCUUGCACGACAUGCACGACAAUGCAACACCUGUGCCACAACUGGUCUAAGGGCCAGUUGUGCUACGAGUGGCACCGUGGGAAGGUGAAGUGCUCUCUGGUACAAAAAUCAGACAAGAGGAAGAAGAAGACCGCAGCACCCCCACCAGUGCUAGCUCCCAAGCCUAAACCUAGCCCGAAGCUAGUUGCUCCGACUUCCCAUCCUGUCCGGACCUCCUCAAAGGCCACACAAGUGCCAGGCCUGGCUGCCAGGACACAAAGUAAGUCCAGCGAGCUGCCCACUGUCGCACCAGCACAACCAUGGGUGGUGCCAGGCCCCUUGUGCAUCCAAAACAAUGCCUAUGUAGAGCUCUGGAUGAGCACCAAGCAGAAGGUGGCUGUUAUUGAGGAGGAAGAGAGCAAGAGCGAGGAUGGUGAGGAGGACACAUACCUGGCCGGUAGGGUGUCAGGCCUCUCCAACAUCCCGCAGAUAAUAGAGAUGACCUGCACCACUACAAGGAAAAAGAUGGAGGAGAUUGAUGGGCGGGUUACAAAGUGCCGCCGCCUCUAA